AAAUCCCUGUGUGCAAAUUUCUUCCACUGAUGUUACAUAGCCCUUCCUGUGUAGCGUAACACAGUUGUAUCUCCAGACUCUUGUAACGCGUGAGUCACGUUGCACGGCUACGCCGCAAGGCGCUCCAAAAAGACCAUACAUAACCAAAAGCCCACCCACACAUAUACUCUUUCCAAGCCGACCAACCAGCACGGAAAAAUCUGUACCAUCGAUUCUUUACAGCCUCGUUCUGUAUUAGGGAGAGUAUACAUAAGACAUGCCCUUCCAGAACCUGUUGGGGGAGUCCUCUGGCUAUCAGGACCCCUCCCGAUGCAACGAUAAAAUGUCUAUGCAGCAAACAUACGCUUAUCCCGAGAACGCAGUCAAGUCGAAGAAGCCGAGGGUUUACACGCGAGCUGAGUGGGGGGCUCAAAGGGAGAGGAUAAAGUUGCAUUAUUUUGAUGAGGGACGAUGUCUUGCGGACGUCAAGGGGAUCAUGAGCUCUCGUUACGACUUUCACGCAACGUCCAUCUCACCCACCCUUCAUCAGGCGAAUUUUACUAACAGGUUCAAAGAGAGAAGCAGUACAAGACGAGAAUUAAGGCCUGGGGCCUGGAGAAGAAGGUGAAGACAGAGGAGAUGAAAGCCAUCAUUAGGAUUCGAGAGAAACGAAAAAGCGAAGGGAGGCGUUCGGUCUUCUUGGUCCGCGGACGAAUCGUGCCGGAUCAGAAGAUUGAGAGAUUCAAAAAGUCUCACAAGGAGCCAAUCUGCCCCGAGUCGCCAUCAGGUACGCUUUCCUUUGCUUUGUUGUUUUCUCCUCAAAAUUGGCCUGAACUGAACGCAUCUUGUCAUCGCAGCAACACCUUCAGAUAUCGAGUGCUUUACACCAGGACCUGAUGACAGUUACUCUCCCUUAGGAUCUUCGCCAGAUAACGUAGACUGGAGUACGGAGCCCUGGGAACCCGUCGAGGAAACACCCAAGUGUAGUUACACUCGAAGUAAUACCCCUUUACACGAAGCCGCACGCAGCGGAAACUCUUCUGAAGUCCAACACCUGCUGGACUCUGGCCACUCCUACAACCGGGAGAACCUUUUCGGCCAGACCCCACUACACAUUGCAGCGGCAAAUGGCCAUCACUGCGUCGUGCAAAUCCUCCUAGAGGCCGGUACCAGCGUUGACGCUCUUGACGAUCACUCGUGGACCCCUUUGCAAUGUGGGUCGCGAAACGGCCACUCCUCAGUAGUCCGCAAGCUUCUGGAGUGGGGAGCAGACGUGGUCCAGACGGAUGACUUUCACAGAACUCCUCUCCACUGGGCAGCGGCAAAUGGCCACGAGCGCAUCGUCCGCAUACUCAUCUCAAAAGAAAGGGCAAACCUGGACUGGCACGAUGGUGGGGGAUCAGGGCUAACGCCACUACAGCUAGCAGCAAACGGCUCCCACGCAGCAGCUGUAUACGAACUUCUCUUAGCAGGAGCUAACACCAAUCUCGUUGACUCCUGGGGACUCAAGAGAACUGCCCUGCACCUGGCUGCAAAAACUGGAAAUGAGGUCAUAAUACAGUUACUACUUGACUUUCACGCGGGUCCUUGUCAGCGUGAUAGCCUGGAGCGCACCUCCCUGCACUGGGCUGCGAAGAAUGGUCACGAAGCAGUCGUGGAAAAGUUACUUGGCACAGGGCGGUUCGAUGAGUCACUCAACUCACCAGACGUCUGCUGGACGCCGUUGCACUGGGCUGCGAUGAAUGGACACGAAGAAGUGGCUAAAAGACUCAUAUUUGCGGGAGCAGGGCUUGACGUUGAGCGUGACUGGAUUGUACGGAGCGGAGUUACUCCGUCACAUCUCGCGGCUGGAGGACAUAGGGGCUGGCAAAGAGACUAGUUAGUGCUGGGGCGAAUAUUGGAUCAUAUUAUUAGGGAAUCUCUGCCCCAUGGAUAUGGAACUGUAGGGCUUGAGCGCGCCCUAUACAUUUGGAUCAGAUGAAGGGGAUUUAUGUUUAGGGUUGGAGUUGGGAUUUGUUUAGCGAGGAUAUGCGAGUACACGUCCGGUUUUUUAUGGGGGCAUUGUUUUUCGGUUUUUUUACUUUCAUUUUUUCAUCAUUUUUUCACUAUAAUAUUACGUCUUUCUUUUUGUCGUGCUUUCGCUCUUGCCUUUUUCUCGAGUUUUUGAGCGUUUAUUUGCAUAAUAGAGAAUGGUGGUAUGCGGGAUGAAAGGGAGUCUGGAAGACACUGGCAUACUGAGCGUUUGAUUUAGGGCUACGGCGAAAGCGGUCUUGACGGGAUUGUUACUAUCUCCUUUCCUACUUUAUCCUUUACUAGCUUUGUCACAAUUUGUAUUUUAUAAUUCUUAGCGUUCCGCUCUCGUCUCAACCCUCCGCUCGAAAAAGAUCUGGCGCUACUGUAAAUAUAUCAUACAUACGAAAUCUAGAGCAGCUCCGAGUUAGACAGACAAGUGUAACCACAAAUUAACUCAGGCCCCGUGAUGGGAACCGGCCCCAGCCACAAAUAAUUCGUUUUCUGUGGCGUAUUUACCAGGAACC